AUGGAAUUUGUUUUUCCUUACCUAUUUAUAUGCAUCGUCUUCUUCCUCCUCUUCUUAGUUACAAUGGUGCAUAUUGCCGUUGUUACGAGCAUCGCCGUGGUGUCGUCCGUUGCCACUGCUUCCAUCGUCUGCUUCAAGAUGUUCUGCAGGUGCAAAAUGGCACUUCUCGGGCGGUGCCGGGCCGAGGUCGACUCCGAACUCGGCCCGGCCCAGGCCUGCAUUGGAGGCGACCCGGAGAAGGGAGCAGCCGCGCUCCGGCGGUUCCGGUGGCCCGAGGUCGAAUCCCUGACGGCGAGGUUCGCUCCUUCCGCUGUGAUCGGCGAGGGAGGCUCCAGCAUCGUCUACCUCGGCCGCCUCCCGGAUUCCUCCUUCGCCGCCGUCAAGCUCAACCGUCCCAGCGAGCGCCUCCGCCGCGCCUUCCGCCGGGAGCUCGACGUCCUCCGCCCCCUCCGCCACGCCAACGUCGUCCGCCUCCUCGGCUACUGCGACGACCGCGAGGAACAGGGGGUUUUGGUGUUCGAGUACGUACCCGAAGGCAGCCUCCACGAGCAGCUCCACGAGAGGGGCGCGGCUCUGCCGUGGGAGCGACGGAUGGAGGCGGCGCUCCAAGUGGCGCGGGCGCUGGAGUACCUCCACGAGGGGUGCGACCCCCCUGUGGUGCACGGCGACGUGAAGGCUGCGAACGUGCUCCUCGGCGGUUCCACGGGGGCGAAGCUCUGCGACUUCGGGUCGGCGAGCGCGGGGUUCUCGGCGGCGGUGGCGGAGCCGCGGCGCGCGAUGGCUGUGGGAUCGCCGGGGUACGUCGACCCGCACUACCUGCGGACGGGGAUGGUGUCGAAGAAGAGCGACGUGUACAGCUUCGGGGUACUGCUGCUGGAGUUGGUCACGGGGGCGGAGGCGUUCGACGCGGAGAGGGAGGUGCGGCUGACGGCGGCGAUGGGAACGCUGCUUCGGGAGCCAGGGAGGAAGGCAGCGGAAGAGGUGGACGCGAGGCUGGGAGGGGAGUACGACGCCGGAGAGGCGGCAGCAGCUGUGGCGGUCGCGGCGAUGUGCCUCGCCGAAAACCCUGCGCUCCGGCCGUCGAUGACGGAGGUAGUGGCAUUCCUGCGACAAAAAAAAGCCGUGCGAUUUUCAUCGAAGCCUUCAACGUAAAAAAAUUGGAAAAAAAUUAAUAUGCACCCUGUAAGUUUACCUAGUAUUUCAAAAGCCCCAAAUUUUAAAAUUACUGAACCCCUCCAAUUUCCAUAGUAUGGAGUGGAAGAUAGUGGGGGCAAAUGUGAUGUAUAUUACAAAUUUGGAGUAUUUUAGGGGAUUAUUUUUGUGAA